AUGAUACGAAUCUUUCUAUUCUUUUUCUGUCCACUUAUUGUUUCAACAGUACCAUUACCGUAUGCAGAAUGGGCUCAUUAUCAUAUGGUUUGGUUACAUAAUACACAUACGAAUCAAGUUGAUAUUCAAGCAAUGUUUGAUAGUUAUCUUGAACAUCAUAUUCCAGUUGGUAUUGUCAAUAUUGAUUCACGUUGGGAGACUAAUUUUAAUACGUUUAUAUUCGAUCCAGAAAAAUUUCCAAAUAUUCGACAAAUGCUCGAUAAUAUUCGAGGAAAAGGUGUUCAUAUUGUUCUUUGGAUGACAUCAUUUAUUAAUAUUGAUUCACCAAAUUAUCAAUAUGCACAAGAACAUGGAUAUUUAUUCAAUAAAACACUUAAAUGGUGGCAUGGUGAAGGACGAUUAUUAGAUUAUUUUAAUGACCAUGCUGUCAAUUGGUGGCAUAGUCAAAUUGAACGACUUCUAGAUACUGUCGGUCCAAUUCAUGCAUUUAAAGCCGAUGAAAGUGAUCGAUAUAUUGAAAAACUCCAUGAUCCACGUAUAACAUGGCUUAAGUAUCGAACAGCUUAUUACAAUGACACAUUUCAACUUUUGCGUCGUUUAAUUGGUCCAGAUGCUUUAAUUAUGUCUCGUCCUGUUGAUGACAAUCUAGAAUGGUCACCACGUGAAAUAGUAUUUAUGGGUUGGGUUGGUGAUGAAGAUGGAACCUAUGACGGAUUGAAGACAGCACUUCGAUAUAUGCUUGAAAGUGGUAGUCGUGGUUAUGUCGGAUUUGGAUCAGAUAUUGGUGGAUAUGGAACUGAUUCGAGUGCAGGUCCACUUGGUCGCACGAAAGAACUAUUUCUUCGAUGGACAGCCAUUGGUGCAUUGAGUUCAUUUAUGGAAAAUGGAGGUGGUGGUGAACAUUUACCAUGGAAAUUUGAUAAUGAAACGGUUGACAUUUAUCGAUCAUGGGUUAAUUUACAUUAUUCAUUAAUUCCUUAUCUGUAUACUGAAGGUACUAAGGUUGCUCUGUAUCAAAAUGGUACACUUAUGCUACCAUGUAAUGAUAUCGAAUGUUUCUUAACACAUGCCUAUUUUCUUGGUCCAUCUGUCUAUGUUGUACCUGUUCUACGUGAUCCAACUCCCAAGCAAACACAACAUAUUUGGCUUCCAUCAUCACCUACAGGCAAAUGGAUUUCGGGUUUUAAUGCCUCUAUUACACACAAAGCUCGUUCGUUUAUUUUUGAAGAUACAAGUCGUCUCGAUCGAAUUCCAUUCUAUGUUCGACAAGGAACACUAAUGCCUAUGUAUGAUCUUGAACAAAGUCAAGCACUCGAUGCUUAUAGAUUUGUUCUAUGGGGCAAAAUAACAAGACGAAAUCAACCGUUAAUAUCAUCUCUAUUUACACGUGAUGGUCAAGAAUGGAUUCUUGAAUUUGAUUUCGUUCGAAAACAUUUGAUAACUCGUUUCGUUCAUUGGUACAAAUCAAACGAUGAUCAACAACUAACAACAUACACAUGGCAAUUUUGUCAAUAUAUCAGUGAACAACCACUGUGUACUUCCGAAAGACAACAACUACGAGAUAAUUCUUGGAUUGAAUUGAAAAGUUUAGUAUAUGAGAAAAAUUUAAAUUAG